UUAGAUUUUUCCUUAUACAGAUGUUUAGAUUUUUCCUUAUACAGUCUGAUCCUCUACUUUUCCUCUAGCCUUUGAUAAAGUCAAGGUGUUCUUAUAUGUUGGAGGUAGCUUGUACAUUCCGGUUAGAAUACAGAGAAGGAUGAUGAUGGAAUUUACAGUAGAGUCAGCAGUGUAAAUGGUAUACCGUACGGGAUCAAAAAUGCUCCCUUGAUGAGUCAGAUAUCUGAGAAUUCUUUGUUGCGUCUCAGUCUCAAACAGCGGUCAGUUUAAUAGGAUUGGAGGAUUUAAAAAAAAUGUUUGAAAUCAAUCAGCUGAUAAAAAAGUUACCGCGAUGUAAACUAGGUGCCAGAACAAGACACACACGCACAAGGGAAAACUAUGAACUGUUUCGACCAUUUCAACGAAUUCUUCAUCCAACGCUCAACACCUCAAGCGAAUAACAAAAUAACACUAUGGCAAGGCUUCAGCAUCCUUGGAGGGCAGAUAGACACUAUAGCCAUCUACGAAAAGGACGUUCUUAAAAUUGUCAUGAACAUUCCGACUGACCAUCUAGACAAGAUUUGGCUCCGAUUGGGCACGAAGAACAUAGACUUUUACACGAGCCGGAGCCGGGUGAUGAGGGAGAAAGACGUGACACAGUGUAGCAAAGAGGAAGUUAAAAGAUCGAUUAUGUUUCCAUUUCCUAUACAGCCGCUUUUUGCAGUCUGGGACGAAAAAGACAGCAUAGUCACCAUUACGAUACCCUGGCUGAAAGGAGAGGAGAAGAGCCUCUGCACGAAGUCUCUGCUCAAAGGGAGCGGUUGGUCAUGUUUCUUCCCUUAAAAUAAUUUUGUACUAUGCGUCCAAUGUUCUGUCAACAGUCUUGUCCAAAACAUUUCGCCUAAUUAUAAAGAUAAAACUUA